CUGCAGUGACAGUGUCACCGUCUUAGAGAAGCCAGAGCCUGACUACAGGAGCAAGAUGCCGUGUGCUGUUAUGUUAGUGCUGCUGAUGGCAGGAUUUGCCAGCAGCUCACAGAUCUGCCCUGAUGGAAAGGUGUGCCCUCACUUAUCUACCUGCUGUGAGGGGGAAACCGGAUACCAGUGCUGCCCAGUUCCAAACGCUGUCUGCUGCCCCGACAAGUCGCACUGCUGCCCUCAGGGCUUCCAAUGCAACAUGCAGACCAACAUGUGCGAGAGGUCAGGGGGGAGAGGGGGUGUGCCCAUGCUGAGGAAGACCGCGGCUGAAGAACCGAGUACUGACCUCUCCGGCAGCGUGGAGGCCGAGGGGGUGCCCGCCCUCCCGAACGUGGUGUCCCAAAGCAGCGCGGUGCACUGCGACGACUUCCACACCUGUCCCGAGGGGACAACAUGCUGCAGACACCCCGCAGGGGUGUGGUUCUGCUGCGCGUAUUCCCAUGGUUACUGCUGUCUGGAUGGUUACCACUGCUGUCCCUUUGGUUACCACUGUGACCUUACCUACACGAGAUGUCUGGUGAAUGGGCUGAGUUUCCCCUUUGCUGCCAAGCCAGCCGCCAUGAAGAUCAGGGCCACAGAAGUGUCUCAGAAUGAACCCGAGCUGAUAGAACAGGACGAGUGCUGCGGGAGCAGGUCUGGCUGUUGUCCUGAAGGGUUCCGCUGUGGCGCGGACAAGACGUGCGUGAGUGACAGCAGCCAGCACCCCCUGGCCGAGCUGCACCAAGCCCUCAGCGUCGGCUCCCAGGAUGCGGUUAUCAUCUGCGACCAAGACUUCUACUGCCCCGCCGGCAAGAGCUGCUGCAGGUCCCCGACCGGCGGGUGGGGAUGCUGCCCAUAUCCACUGGGCCAGUGUUGCCUAGAUGGAGUGCAUUGCUGUGAAUAUGGGUACAAGUGUGAUGCUACCUCAAAAAAGUGCACAAAAGGAUACGCAUACAUCCCUUCAGGCCUUAAAGAGACGGCCCACAGAAACUGACACACGGCAACAACUUCCUUUCUGUUACUCCACCUGAAGACAUUUUACUCUCGGCUCCUCUUAAAAUUCAAUAAAAUUAAUGCUUCGUAUAUCACGUCAAAAUUGCACAAAAUUAGGAGACAGUAGCUCCAAGCAAUCAAUGAAGUUCAUGAAAAUACUAUAAUUUCCUAAUGCAUCAUUUUGCUUGCUUUAAUAUAAAAUUGUUGUUGGUUGGUUCAAUGUUGGCAUAUUGCAGGACAAUAAAUUUGAAAUGGU